UGACAUACCAUUAAAUUAACAAAGAAAAAGUUUGAUAUGUGUUAUGCAUGACAAUGAAUGAAGUUGUCUAAAAUCUAACAUAUGAUACUAUCUGCUAGGGUAUUACAUGCAUGAUACUCCCUCCGUUCAUAAAUAUAAAAUGUAAUAUUUUAGUAUGUACUACAUGAGAGUGGCGUUUUGGUGGCCGAGCACCCUGCAGGCCGGAAUCUGGCGCCGUGCAGUAGAGCGCUGUGAUGCGUGCACGCUUAUUUUGUCAGUUGUAUACGGUAGCUGCUAAUUUGAAAUACAUCGGUGCCCUGGGCUGGUGUGCCAGGCUUGUACGUGGGCCUCGGGUGCGCCCUGGAUACACAGGCACUUCCUGUGCUUGUUGGGCUCGUUAGAAAACAGCUCAUGUAGGUGAUGGGUGGCAGGUGCGAUAUUAAUCCUGGGCCCAACUGGCAACGCAGGUGACUUAACGCCCCAGAGCGGUGCUUCUUCCUACCCUCGUCAGUCAUUCAUCCCCUUCCAGUUCGUGGCUGUGCGGAGCGGCGUUUCGCCAUGGAUGGCCUCGAGUUCUUCUUUGAGGAAGCAGAAUCAGGAUUGGUACCCAGGGCUGAUGCGGGUGAUUUGUUGGGUGGAGGAAUCGAUGUUGUGGAGUCUGUGGUUGCUUCCAUCCAUGAAGGGCGCGGGCGCUCCUCUGAUGUGAUUUCUUCCGAGCCGAUGGAUGACAGCAAUGCCAAAGAGCAGUUGAGAGUGGUGGGGGCGAAUCUCGGGUCAUACAACAACGGUGGGAGCGAGGUCGUUGGCGACUCGAACGAUGUGAAGGCUCAGAACACUUCCUCUGCAUCAAUAGGAGAGGAGGGAGAUGCAGAAGGCGUCGUUGUCAACAAAACAAAGGCUUCCUGCUGGACUCGACGAGUCAGGAUUGGCAACGCACCAGAAGAGAGGGAUGCCAACCCAAGCAGAGUCCCUGCCCUCGAGGUUUCCAUGAGAGCUUAUGCAGAAAACAAGGGUGGCACCGUUGUUAACCCGUCGCUCGGAACUAGCUUUGACACGGUUGAAGAAGCGUAUGAGUUUUACAACCUAUAUUCCUGAGAGAUGGGGUUUGGCGUUCGGUAUGCCAAAAGCAGGUUGAACGUCCAUCGAAAAAAAUGCAUGCAGGAGUUUGUA